AUGACCAUUAAAGGCUUCGUCCAAUUUGUGAACAAGAAAAUCCCGAGCACGAUCAAAAAAAUAGAUGACAUAAAAAGCUUCACAGGAAAAAAGUUUAUAAUCGAUGGCACCUUUUUUAUUUACAAAUUUAUGUACGUAGCAUGGAAGCAUAUAAUAAAUGACAAAAAUAGAGAGAAGAAAUAUAAGGCCAAUGAUUUGACGACACACAUUCUGGUGAGACAAUAUAUGAUUAAAAAAAGCAUCGAAUUGCUGAAAAAGCAACAUGAGUAUUUUAAGUCGUUAAAAAUUAACACGCUUUAUAUUAUCGAAGACAUUGGGGCCAGGUAUGAAUUGCAGCCUGUGGAUUAUAAAUGUAAGAAGCAUGUGUGGAAGGAGAGGGAUUCCCUGAGGAAGAAGAAAAAUCUCUUCGACAUUUUGAACGUGGAUGCAUCCAAGGGAGGGGGAACGAGGAGUGGGGACAACCCUAGCGGGGAAGUCACCCCUAGUGGGGAAUCAACAAAUGUACACUGUGAAAGCAGUGCGAAGGGAAGUGGUGAGAUAGGUCCAAGCGGAAACGCAAACCCCAAUGUGAAUCCCCCUAACAGCGCAAGCAAACCCUUUGGGGAGCACAAAAACACCAUCAGCAGCAUGAGCGAAGGGAAAAACCAGAAGAAGUGCAAAAUGGAAAUAGUUGUUGACGAAGAUGGUAUUCACGAUUUGUUUAAAAAAAAUAUUUUUAUAAAAAUUAACUCCAAAACGGCCAACGAUAUUUACAACUAUUUGUCCCUGGAAAAGAUACCAAUUUUUAUAACAAAAAAUGAUGCAGAGAAGGAAUGCGCCAUUCAGUGCUCUCACGAAAAAGACAUUGUCGUGUCAGACGAUACGGACGCAUUGGCAUUUGGAGCCCCCAACUUAAUACGCUUCAUUAUGAAUAAAAAGAAAAGACACAUAAUAAAUAAAGAUGAACUGCUGAAUGAGUUAAACAUAAAUUAUGAACAGUUCAUCGAUUUUUGCAUCCUUUCAGGGUGUGACUACAGCGCUAAAAUACCGGGCAUUGGGCCGGUAAAAGCGCACAACAUUAUUAAAAAGUACAAAACGAUAGAAACCUUCUUGGAGUCCAGUGCUUUUAACAAGUAUAAAAAUUCCAAGCUGUUCAACCAAAAGCUAAACGGCAUAUCCAUGUCGCUUAACGAUUAUAUUGUUAACGAGUUUACAUAUGAACAGGCACGCAAGGUGUUUUUCAACUCCUACUGA